AUGGCUUGCAAGGUAUCAGGAACGGCGUUUAUCACGGGGGGUGGAAAUGGCAUUGGCAAGACCACCGCCUUCAAGCUUGCCCAGAAUGGAAUCGAAGCACUAUCUCUCUUGGAAGUGAACGAGGCACUCCUCCAACGCACUAAAAAUGAGCUCGCUACCUCACAUCCCAAUGUUGCCGUGGAACUUACGGUUGGAGACGUCUCCAAGGAGGCAUGCGUGGAUGAAGCCGUGCGCCGCACUGUCGAGCGAUUCGGUCGCAUCGAUAUCUCGGUUCACUGCGCCGGGAUUGUGGGGCAACCGAGCGCGACCCAUGAGCUGACGGCAGCAGAAUGGCAGAGGGUGAUCGAUAUUAACCAGACCGGGGUGUUGCUCUGCCAAAAGGCCGUGAUACGCCAGAUGCUGACACAGGAAUCGCGCGGUUUGCGUCUCGGUCGGGGGACGAUCGUGAAUAUGGCUUCUAUGUUUGGGGUAGUGGCUCCGGGGGGUUGGUCAGGACUGUCGGCCUAUGCAGCUUCCAAGCAUGCUGUGGUUGCUUUCUCAAAAAUGGACGCCAAAGCGUACAUUCAACAAGAGAUACGCAUCAACGCUAUCUGUCCUGGAUACACGGACACUGAUUUGAUCCGCACGUAUUGGGAUGCGGGAUUCAUGGAGCCAGACGCGCAGCGAGUCGCUAUUGGCCGUAGGGCACAACCGGAGGAGAUCGCCGACGCACUCCUGUUUCUGGCCUACCCGAUGAGCAGCUACAUGGUAGGCUCCGCCUUGGUCGUCGAUGGCGGUUACACGGCUUGA